AUGGUACCACAAACCUACCUCCACCGAUCCCUUCUUCUCUAUCUUUUGGCAUCCACAACUUUCACACAAGGCGAUGAGGCGAAAGAUGACAUCACAUCUCCCACCCACCUCCCAUCCAACUCAAGAAGUGCAAUCUCACCACCGCCAUCAGCCGCCUGCUGGACCACCACCCCCUGCCUCAACACCCUCGCCCCCUUCAGCACCUGCUACCUCACCACCGGCCCCUUAACCCCCACCUUAAACCUCACCUCCCUCUCCCUGUCCUACCAAGCCUGUCUCUGCGCCCCCAGCUUACCGUACCUACACCUCAUCCCCAACAUCGCCGCCCACCCCGACUCCAACGUUUCCAGCUGUCUGGCUUGUAUGCAACAGGCGGAUGUGAAUGUUACAGACCGGGAUGGUGUGGUGGGGCGGUGGGUCCGGAGUGUGGACGGGUUUUGUGCUGCUGAGGUACCGGAGUUGGAGGGCUUGUUGGUUGCGUUGUUGGAGUGGUUGAAGGGGACGGGGGAGAGGGUUGAGGGGAAUAGUAAGCUGGGGGGGAUUGAGGGGGUUAUGAGUGUUUUGGGGGUGACGGCGACGGGAACGAAGAUGAUGGACAUGGAGAGGUAUCUGACACAAGUGCCACACAACUGGCCGUAUACGGCGCCUGCUGUUGCGAGACGGGCGGGCGUGACGACGAGGUUUGCGUUGGUGGAGGCAAGCGAAAGUGGUUCAACUACCCCCAUUGGCCUUGAAGAGACAAAAGUACCGAGAACUGUUGGCUGGGUAGAAGCCAGUCUACUCUGGUUUCCAAGAUUACUCUACACACCACGACCGCCGUCUCCAUCAUCGCCAUCUGCGAAUCAGACAGCUAGGGCUGGGGCGUAUAAUGGACUGCUGGCGUGUUGGAAACCUUCGUUCGUGGUCAAUAUUACUACGACAGCGAUGGAGUCGACAGAACAGAUUUCAACGUCGGACACGCCGGUGGGGGGUUCAGAAGGCUCUGGGUUGCCUACUUUUGAGUCUUUGUUGUCAUCGACGGCUACGACAUCGACUACAACAUCGACGAGUCGGCGGAUAGUGAGGUUGACGACGACACUGGUGGUUGAUACUGCACAGGUCAUGACACCAACGGUAACGAUCACGUCAACGGCAACACUUCACCGAGUUCGUCCGGCUAUGAGACGAGGUCCAGUACUGGCGAAAGAGAGUGACAAGGGCGAUGUAGCUUCAACAGCUACAAGAUCAGGAGUAAUGACGCCACCGCCACCGACACCGACAACAGCGGGUGGUCAGCAAGCCCCCACAAGAGCCACCAUAUCGCUAAACGGAGCGGAAGAAAUAGACAGACUAUGGUCACAGAUCAAACACGCCAUGCAUUCAAACCUCAACCCCUGA